UAGAACGUGUAACAAUAUAAUUUAACUUCUCAUGGCCUCACUGGUGAACGAGGACAUUCUGCUACUUCUCGCUCUCGCUGCUCUCGCGAUACUCGCUCAGAAGUCUCGGGGCAGUAUGGCUGCGGUGGCGCUGAGGUGCUGGCGCAGAGGACUUUCACAGAUUUCAAGUCAUGGAGGAUUCGCAGCUUCAUCUUCGAGGCCUCUGGCAGGAGACAGAAGACACAAGUCCACAGUGCAGUUUGCGUCCAGACCGGAGCUCCCAAAGCUGGCCUACAGGAGAGUGAAGGGGAAGAGCCCCGGAGUGGUCUUCCUCCCGGGCUAUGGCUCCAACAUGAACGGACAGAAAGCCGAGGCGCUGGAGGAGUUUUGUAGGUCACUGGGUCACUCGUACCUUAGGUUUGACUACACGGGACACGGGGCCUCAGAGGGGGUGCUAGCAGAAGGGACGAUUGGGACCUGGAAAAAAGACGUCCUUUUUGUGUUGGAUGAGUUAGCAGAGGGGCCACAGAUAAUGGUGGGUUCCAGUAUAGGUGGUUGGCUCAUGCUGCUGGCAGCCAUUGCAAGACCAGACAAGAUCGCUGCACUGGUGGGCAUCUCCACUGCUGCAGAUCAUCUUGUCACAUCGUUCAACUCGCUUUCUCUGGAGGCACGUAAGGAGUUUGAGGAGAAGGGGGAGUGGACAGUUCCCACCAAACACUCGGAGGAGGGUGUUUACAAAUUUAACAUGGACUUUCUGCGUGAGGCAGAAAAUCACUGUGUGCUCCAGAGUCCCAUCCCCAUCACCUGUCCCGUGCGACUCAUCCACGGGCUCAAAGACGAAGACGUCCCCUGGCACAUCUCCAUGCAGGUGGCAGAACGCGUCCUCAGUCCUGACGUGGACGUCAUCCUGCGGCGACAUGGCCAGCACCGCAUGAAAGAGAAGGACGACAUCAAGCUCAUGGUCUACACUAUUGACGAUCUCAUAGACAAGCUGACCACUCUGGUCUGAGGAAGGGAUGUGUGGGGGGGUGGGGAGUGGCAAGCUUGAGAGGUUGCUGAGUUAACAAGAGACGUUUACCAGGAAGUCAACCCUCAAGGAAAUUACCAAACAAAAGCAUGUCUCUCUGCCAAAUAUGACCUUUUAACCGUCUGUUAUUCUCCCUGUACGUCAUCUGGUAUUUUCACAUGCCACCACGGCUGCUAGCUGCUCCCUUAUAUCUUCAGGUUGCAUUUGUUUGUGUUCCAGGUUGUUCCAUCGACUCUCAUGCUAGUCAGCCAUUACUAGGUCUGCCAUUGCUGUUGUCUCUGCCACUGUUCUUACUGUGUGACUGUUUCUUCUCCCUCUUUAAUUAGAUCCUUAGUUUUCCCUGUGCCUUUUAAAAACGAAUCACUUUUCACCCAUUUUGGCCAAUAAAACCUCUGCACCCUAGAGUGCAGGUGUCAGUCUGUUA